AUGCUCUCCCAGCUCCUCGCCUGGACUCUCGGGGCUCUGUCCGUCACGAACGCAGCUCCCUCGUUCUCAUUCCAGCAGCAAGCGCUCGUGUCCUGCAGCGUCGAUAAUAUCCCUGGAUCGGGGAUCUACGAGAUCUACAGCAAGGGCCUUGAAGGGGCUGCUGCCCGCUCCUACAUCCCUGGCCAGCCACUGUAUGUCAGCCGAUCGACGGAAGACGCCAGGUCCUACAAGCUGUUUGAGCUCACCGCCAAGGACAACAACAUGAUCUCGCUGAAACACGUCGGGCUCGAAUCUCCCGUCACCGUGGAUAACAACAAUUGGUUAUCGGCAUCGGGCUCCGAUGAAGACUACGAAAACUUCAAGCUGGAAGCCGCGGCCGGUAACCCGGGCUACUUUGUCAUCCACAGCGCCGUCUCGAGGAACCGCGUCUGGACACUCGACUCGGGCGACAGCACCAUCAUGAUGUCCGAGCGGGUGUCCGGCGCCGAGGGCCAGCUUUUCCGUUUCAAGUCUUCCGAGGCCCCGGCGCAAGCGGCGCUCACGCCGCACCGCAGCAGCGGCGGAUUCCACCGCCCCGCGGCGAACUGCACCGUCAAGGCCGGCGAGUACCGCAUCCUCGACUACAUGUCGAACGCGCCGGUCCGCGGCAACGCGGUCAGCCAGUCGAUAUUCACGUCGCGCGAGAUCGAGGCCUACCCGGGCGACACCGCUCUGUGGCGGAUCACGCGCGUGGGCAGGCACGGCGGGACUUACACCAUCAAGAGCAUCGCGCACGACGCGUUCCUGGGGGUCACCAAGUCGAAGAACCUCGCGCCGAUGACCGGCUCCACCCCCACCCUGUUCGUGUUCAAGCCGCGCGAGACGGACUGCGAGGACCAGGUGGUGAUCCACUUGGCUGACGGCAGCGGCGUCUGGGGCCUCGAUCUCGCGAAUGGGACCAGGACUACCCCGGUCGAGGUGCAGUCCGUGCACGGCCUCGUCACGGACUCGCAGAGUUUCGUUCUGGAGCUAGCAACUAAGAAGGCGACGCUGCGCCAUUCGAAUCCUCCUCGCGCACCACUCGCUUCGACAAGCCCCGCCACCGAUUUACCUCGAAAUUCAACCGUCGCGUCACUGUUCCAUUCUCGAGCGGCAUAUCGAGCGCAAAGCAGCGUAACAGCCGAGGUAAAUACUGGCGCGGCAUCGUCGAUUGCACCAGGUCGUGCCCUGCGGGAUCCUUCCCGUAUUGAACCCGGGAGCGCGGCUCAGAUUUCCCAACGGCUGGACUACAUAAGGACCCACGAUGAGAACUCCGGCAUUGCAAUGGGCACUGCAACUAUCGACGACUCACUAUUUGAGGGCGAUGAGGCCAAUUCUGGAGACGCGGGACUCGCACCGGCAUCGAGCGAUGAGGAGGAGGAUCCAGAACUCCAACCUCAAUCUGCGCUCUCUCAGUAUCUUUAUUCUGCCAAGGAACGUAUCCGGAAAGAAGAAAAGCAAUCCGGGAUGCCUGCUUGUUAUCACCGAGGGGAUUUCUUUGAUCGCCCCCGCCAUCCUGUAUUCGCACUUCAGCGUGCCUCCUCCCAUGAAUUCACGCCCACACCGAUGUAUUCUUGUGAUAUCUUUGUAUGGCUCCCUCAUCUUUUACCUCGCCAACCUGUCGCCUUCAAAUGUGCUUGUGGAUGGAAUGAUAAUCCAGUCGCUCGCAGAGUGCGGCGUCUUCCUGAAGACUACUUCUUGAUCACCAAUCGCUUUAUUUGUGACGCAAGUCGCCACAAUAAUACUGGGUGCGGAAAUAACUACCAGGGCACCGACCCAAUAAUUCUUGCGCAACUUCCGCGAUUCCUUCAAGAGGCGUACCCUGCGUAUCAUUCUCAACGGGCCGCUAUCGACAAGAUUAUGAUGUGGAUGUUCAACUCUUGCAUCGUUAAACGGCUUGGCCCAUCCCCAUUCUCCGACCUUGCAUCUGAAAUACAGCAUCGUCUCCAUGCACGGAAUGAGUUGAUGUACUACUCUGCUGCCGAACAUUACGAGUUCUACGGCACCGAGCAGAUUCCUCAAUUUUCGAAAUUCUCAGAUCCGCUUGGAUAUGCAGGUUCACCGCCGUCUGUGGGCUAUCUGCGGUCAAUGUACACUAGUUACAUCACUGCGCAUCGUACUUACAUGGAUCGCGCGCAAGCCGCGUUGCCUCUUGAUAUCGCAAAGGCUGAUCACACUUUUGAUGUCCUCAAGUACAUGGGAGGGAUCAAAGGCGAAACGGUUUGGAAAGCGAUGUACAGUAUCGGAAAUCAGUGGGAGGAAGUUAGAGCGCACAGCAUGACACUAACCAAGUCACUCUCCUUCGUUCGAGAAAUGAUGGUGUCAAUCCAAGAGAGUCUUCGGAGAAUUGGGCAUCCACCAACCCAGAUUCUGUACACAGAUUCGCCUCAAUCCCUGUUGGCUAUCUCAGAUCCCUUGCACUCUUCGAGAGUCAUUGAUCUUUUAGAGUACGCAAAGCUUACCGGUUUUGUCGAGGAUCCAAAAACCUCACUCCACGCACUCAUUGGUCAUGUCCUCCGCCGUUCUUAUGCUCCACGGCCAGGAAUUUCAGAACGUUGGGCGUUGCCUUGUGCUAAGCAGGACAUCACUGCUCUCUACCUCGAGACAAGUAGUGUCUGGCAGCUCUGGAAUGCGAUAUCGGUUCGGGAGCCAGUCGGCUUACCUCUCGAAUCGAACCAGUAUACACCCGGAAUGCCAAUAACUCUUGUUCAAAGCUUGAAGCCUGUGGCACGGGGUUUUAUUACAAGUCAUACAGAACCUGUGCUGGUCGUUCCUCUCGCCAACAGUGGAGAGACGUUCCGCAUCAAGAUCACGGCUCGACAUUGUUUGAUCACAAUUACGGAGGUGCUGGUUCCACAGGCGAUGCACAAGUUGCAUCGGUGUACUAUUGGAGAGGUACAAUCAACCGGUGGUCUAGCCGUUGUUUCACGCACCCAGCUUCGAUCCCGGUCUUUGACUCCUGCUCUCCCUGCAUCACGAACAGUCUUCGGCUACUCUCAACCCGCACCUCCAAGUUCUGCCCUGGAGGGGGAUCACACGCAAUUUCAAAUCUCGUACCAACCAAAUUCUGAAAUUCGAUUUGAAUUCUGGUCUCCCACUUCAGAAGAUGAAUUCAUGUCAGAGGAAAGCGAUGAAGAGAUCGAAGAUAAUGAUGAACAUCUCCCGGUGUCCAGUGGGCAUGGGCAUAACUCAACCGAGACCAGUAUUGCCGAAGCGCAGAAGUACUGGAGUCGGGUACUUGACGACGCGUUCCAUUUUAUGGACCGUCUCAUAAGGCUGCUGUCAAAGAAACACUCUGCCUUCAAGCAUUUUUGCUGGGAUUUUAGCGCAGCUAUCUUUAUCCGGGACCACGAAGAUCUCAAGAAAGUCCGUGCCGCAUUCGAAGCACGAGGCAUCAGCUGGGACUAUGCUCUACGUGCCAUGGCUGAUGCGCUCAAUCGACGAAUCCGGAGAUUCAUUCCAGAUCGAAUCACACUCUAUAAACGACUCUCUAUCCUAUUCCAAAGCUACCAGGACAUCGUAUGUUCCACACAGAAGCCUGGCAUCCAUGCUCGAUUUUUUUCGAGUGAAGCUCGCGAAAUGGCUGACCGUCUUCUGGACACUGCAAAGCGGGGUUUUCUGUCAGAUCCCCCGAAUAUUCCUCUCUACUAUGUCAUGGGAACGGAUCGUGACGGACUAACUGUGUACCGGUGA